AUGUGUCGCUUUCUCUUAUACCGGGGCAGCGACGAGAUUCUGCUCUCCAAGCUCAUUCUCGACCCGACUCAUUCAAUUCUCAAGCAGUCCUUUGAUUCUCGUUUGCGACUUGACACGAGAAGAGGCCAGAACAAUGCUGAUGGGUUCGGCAUUGGUUGGUAUACCGACCCAAAGCUCGGCGAAGCUCCCUGUUUAUUUACAUCCAUCAUUCCCGCUUGGAAUUGCACCAACCUACACCGACUGGCUACGAAGACAGCCUCCCGACUCAUAUUCGCACAUGUCCGGGCUACCACCGAGGGUUCGUUGAGCGAGGAUAAUUGCCAUCCCUUCACCCACGGCAGUCUCAUGUGGAUGCAUAAUGGCGGCCUCGGAGGUUGGAAAUACAUCAAGCGCAGACUGGGCGAGAAGCUUCACGACAAGUGGUAUCUCUCCGUCCAGGGUGGCACCGACAGUGAAUGGGCUUUUGCCCUAUUCUUGGAUCGUCUGGAGAGAUUGGGUGUUGAUCCGAGUUCGUCGCCUGCCGAAGGCUUCAGUCCCGCCACACUGCGAAAGGCGCUCCUGCAGACCAUUGAAGAGAUCAAUGAGCUUACCACAAGCAUCCCCGAAAGUCUCAUUCAGAGUGAGAACAUUGACACCAGAAGCUUGCUCAACUUUGCCGUCACCGAUGGACACAGUGUCAUAUGCACCAGAUACGUGAGCAGUAAAACAGACGAGGCCGCCAGUUUGUACUACUCGUCUGGAACACAAUGGGAGAGCAAAUCAACACCAACGCCAAACUCGUCGAGCGGUCACGAUUACCAGAUGCAGCGGCGCGACAAGGGCGCCGAUAUCGUGCUUGUCGCCAGCGAACCUCUCACUUUUGAACGAGAAAACUGGGUUAACGUACCCACCAACUCUAUACUGACGAUCCAUCACCAAUCCGUCAUGGUCCAUCCCAUCGAAGACGGCUUCCUCUCAAGAGAUCCUUACCACACGCGAUCUUCUGCUUUUGCAACCACGAAGGGUCUCACAACCAACGAAAAGUCGGCCCCCAGAGUCCCAGAGAGUGGCUUGGCCACACCGGGCCUCGAGUCUGAGCCUGAGCCUGAACUCCAGAAACGGUCUUUUGCCCCUACGAUACCGACCAAUGGUCGAAGUCGCGCCAAGACUGCCGAAGACGAUAAUCUUCUUGUUCCAGUGGUGCCGUACGCCAGAUCGCCUCUUGGAGCAGGCUCGUCACUGAGCGCAGACGGGCGACCAAGAACAAAAUCGUCUGGCGCGCGACCCGAUCUGGGCUCGAAACAAAUUAGUCAAGGCAAUAUCAAGAAGAAGCGCCGCACCUUAAUGACCGGCGAAUGGCCCCAUCCGACGGAGAUCCUCGACUCGGAGGGCCAGCAGCUCAUCAUACCCGAUAGUCCACCCUUGCGAGGUACAGAAUAUGGUAACAACGAAAAAGCCGCCAGAAUUCUAGGUUUGACCAUUUAG